UUAACAAAACUGGACGAUAAAAACAGAGUUCACCUUCACACACACUUAUCUCUUAUCUGUUGAUCAUAACAUACAUACCUAAGUAUAAAUUGAUAAAUAUUUCACAUUCAACUCAGGUCACUGUUGAGGAAGUAAAAUGGUGAAUCUAGGAGACGAAUUUCCCAAUUUUGAAGCUCAAACCACUGAAGGUCCUGUACAAUUCCAUAAUUGGCUUGGAAAUUCGUGGUGCAUUUUCUUUUCACACCCAAAUGCUUUUACACCUGUAUGCACAACUGAGCUGGGUCGAGUUGCAGAACUUUUACCAGAGUUUGAAAAGAGAAACGUCAAAGUGAUGGGCUGCUCGUGUGAUCCUGUGGAGGAUGUCCUUAAGUGGAUCGAGGAUAUCAAGAGCUAUUCAAAACUGAAUGUUGGCAAAUUCCCGUAUCCCAUUGUUGCUGAUGAAUCGAGGUCACUUGCCGUACAACUUGGCAUGAUCGACCCUGAAGAGAAAAAUAAGGAAGGAUUACCAGUCACGUGUAGGGCUGUUUUUGUAAUUGACCCUAAAAAGAAAUUAAGGCUCUCAAUUUUGUACCCGGCUACAACAGGGAGAAAUUUUACGGAGAUUCUCAGAGUGGUUGAUUCUCUUCAAUUAACCGAUGAGAAACUUGUGGCGACGCCCGCUGAUUGGAAGCAAGGAGAUGCUUGUAUGGUGCUUCCGACACUCUCAAACGAGAAGGCUUCUGAGCUGUUUCCAGCUGGAUACUUUACAGUACAUGUGCCAUCGGGGAAAGAAUACAUACGAAAGACACCCCACCCAAAAUAAUAUAAUUUCUCAAGCUAUUAAAAAAGAUGGAUAUUUUUCAAAAAAUAUUUUUUAUUAUUCUAAACUGUUCAAUUUUUUUCAGACUAUAUCAUGGAAGAGAAAAUAUUAAUAAACCAUGAUUAAAUAGGAUUUUACAUGUCAUAUUUUUAUAUCAAGUAUCAUGGA